AUGGAACGCAGUCCUGGAUAUGUCGAUGUCAUGGCCUCCGCCGCCCUGCCGACCAUGCAGCCAGUCCACCAUGUGGCCUGGGUCGAGAGGCCCAUCAUGUCCACGCCGUCGCCCGAUGGGACGACUCCUGCCUCGACCUCGUCCUCGUCAGACGGCCCGCCGCUGCACGACCCUCCCGCCGUCGCCCCUGCGCCCCUGGACUGGGAGGCGCAUAAGCAGGUCAUCAAGGAUCUGUACAUGGGCCAGAACCUCAACCUCAGUGAGGUUGUCGAGAGGAUGAGAUCCUACAACUUUCAUGCCACUCCGAGGAUGUACAAGGCUCAAUUUGCCAGGUGGACAUGGAGCAAGUACAACUGCAAAAGGAUGCGACGUGAUCUAUCUUCUGGCAAGGCCAUCGAGAAGUCGACUGCACACGCCGAUGAUGGCACUCGCUUCAUGCAGUCUGUUCUCACUGAUAUCAGGAACCACGUCUACAGCUUCUUCUCGCGAAAGCCCGAGUGGCAAAAGUCUGCUGGUACCGGCUUGAUAUCCGCCUAUAAUUAUGCCUUUUAUGAUUCAUUCCGCAUCGCAAUGGACAGCUUCGUCAAGAAUGAGCACUUCAACGGUGGCGGGAUCCUCCGCCAGGCCUUUGUUGAGGUUGAAGAAGCCUUGCAGACUGACUACUCAUCAACCUUCUACUUUUUCUUCAUCGACCUGCCCGACCUGUUUUUGUACUACGGAAGACACGACAUCUUCGUCAUUUUGCUUGCACACAUCAACAGGCUGACCGCCGUCGGCCUGCGGGACAAGAUCAUCGGGGCGGGCUUUGCGAGCCUGCAUGCCCUGGCCGAGUCGAACCCGGCUUUCUUACGUCAUUACAUCGGCUGCGCAUCAGGUCUCUGGUGUGAUCUUCUGUCCGAGCUCCUGGGUCCGAGGGACCGCAGCACUCUGCUUGCAAGGCGAAACCACAUACGACACGCGCACUCUACGGACCCUCCAAGAGUCAAGGCGCUCUGCGACGACUAUGACCACCUCCUGGGCGAAGUCCAAAAGCAUUGGGGCGCAGGGCACACCGCUUCUAGACACCUGGAGGACGUGAUCCUGCUGACACAGCUCAACUAUGACUACUUCACAGACAAUUUCGCGGAGAGGAACGAAAGGCUCAUAGAGGACGUGGGGAGGAAGUACCAGCUCGCCGCAAGCGAAAAUUCGAGCCCCAUCACGCCUGUAUCGAUCGAGAGCACCAGCAACGCUGGCGACGGAAAGUUUGAGACGUUGCCGCUCGAGGCCUGGGACAUGCUCGACCGAAACAUCCGGUCCAACUGUUACCAUCGAUUAGCGUGCUACUUUGCUCAUCAAGGGAAUAUGCCGAGUGCCGCUGCCUGUAAUGCAAAGGCAAGGGAAGGAUGGAAGACAGAUUUCUGGCAGCUUGAGGUCGAAGCCGCCCUUGUCAGCGCCGGAAGGCUGUUCGAGGCCGAGACGCUUCGGCGCUGUCGGCUUGAGGCACAAUACUUCGGCAAGCUGCUGGAAAAUGACUGGACUGUUGCAGCGGAUUCUAGUCUCAUCAAUCGCAGGAGGCAAAAAGGCCAGAAACCCGUCCAGUCGCGCUGCAUUAUUCCUUCAAGUCCAACCACUCUUUCGCCUCUCGGAAACCGGCCGCACCGGCGGAGACGGAACGCCGGCGCUAUGCCGCGUUGCGGGUACGACACGACCAACAUGCGCGUGGCUGCGAACCCUCGACCGGCGGCCUCUGCUGGCGGGAGUGAUAAGCCGAGGAACAGCAAGCCCAGGGGCGACGGCAACAGCGAUGGCGAGAGUGGUGGCGGGAGCGGAGGCAGUGGCAGAGGAGAGGGCAACGGUCGAGAUGAUGACGACAAGGGCUCUCAGAAGACGGAGGAUCAGGAGUCGGGACGGGGAAGCAAGGAUGGAGGACUGACCGCCGAGGAGCUCAUCAAAACCAUUGAUGAUGUGCGCCUCCCAUUGGAAGGUCGGGGAUGGACGUUCUGGCUCUGA